AUGGCAGGCCGGCUGCAGAACCAGGGAGGAGGGAGGAAUGGCAGGCCGGCUGCGGAACCAGGGAGGAGGGAGGAAUGGCAGGCCGGCUGCGGAACCAGGGAGGAGGGAGGAAUGGCAGGCCGGCUGCAGAACCAGGGAGGAAUGGCAGGCCGGCUGCAGAACCAGGGAGGAGGGGAGGAAUGGCAGGCCGGCUGCGGAACCAGGGAGGAGGGAGGAAUGGCAGGCUGGCUGCAGAACCAGGGAGGAAUGGCAGGCCGGCUGCAGAACCAGGGAGGAAUGGCAGGCCGGCUGCGGAACCAGGGAGGAGGGAGGAAUGGCAGGCCGGCUGCGGAACCAGGGAGGAGGGAGGAAUGGCAGGCCGGCUGCGGAACCAGGGAGGAGGGAGGAAUGGCAGGCCGGCUGCGGAACCAGGGAGGAGGGAGGAAUGGCAGGCCGGCUGCGGAACCAGGGAGGAGGGAGGGAAUGGCAGGCCGGCUGCGGAACCAGGGAGGAAUGGCAGGCCGGCUGCGGAACCAGGGAGGAGGGAGGAAUGGCAGGCCGGCUGCGGAACCAGGGAGGAGGGAGGAAUGGCAGGCCGGCUGCGGAACCAGGGAGGAGGGAGGAAUGGCAGGCCGGCUGCGGAACCAGGGAGGAAUGGCAGGCCGGCUGCAGAACCAGGGAGGAGGGAGGAAUGGCAGGCCGGCUGCAGAACCAGGGAGGAGGGAGGAAUGGCAGGCCGGCUGCGGAACCAGGGAGGAGGGAGGAAUGGCAGGCCGGCUGCGGAACCAGGGAGGAGGAGGAAUGGCAGGCCGGCUGCAGAACCAGGGAGGAAUGGCAGGCCGGCUGCAGAACCAGGGAGGAGGGAGGAAUGGCAGGCCGGCUGCGGAACCAGGGAGGAGGGAGGAAUGGCAGGCUGGCUGCAGAACCAGGGAGGAAUGGCAGGCCGGCUGCAGAACCAGGGAGGAAUGGCAGGCCGGCUGCGGAACCAGGGAGGAGGGAGGAAUGGCAGGCCGGCUGCGGGAACCAGGGAGGAGGGAGGAAUGGCAGGCCGCUGCAGAACCAGGGAGGAAUGGCAGGCCGGCUGCAGAACCAGGGAGGAGGGAGGAAUGGCAGGCCGGCUGCGGAACCAGGGAGGAGGGAGGAAUGGCAGGCCGGCUGCGGAACCAGGGAGGAGGGAGGAAUGGCAGGCCGGCUGCGGAACCAGGGAGGAGGGAGGAAUGGCAGGCCGGCUGCGGAACCAGGGAGGAAUGGCAGGCCGGCUGCGGAACCAGGGAGGAGGGAGGAAUGGCAGGCCGGCUGCGGAACCAGGGAGGAGGGAGGAAUGGCAGGCCGGCUGCGGAACCAGGGAGGAAUGGCAGGCCGGCUGCGGAACCAGGGAGGAAUGGCAGGCCGGCUGCGGAACCAGGGAGGAGGGAGGAAUGGCAGGCCGGCUGCGGAACCAGGGAGGAGGGAGGAAUGGCAGGCCGAAGCUGCGGAACCAGGGAGGAGGGAGGAAUGGCAGGCCGGCUGCGGAACCAGGGAGGAGGGAGGAAUGGCAGGCCGGCUGCGGAACCAGGGAGGAGGGAGGAAUGGCAGGCCGGCUGCGGAACCAGGGAGGAAUGGCAGGCCGGCUGCGGAACCAGGGGAGGAAUGGCAGGCCGGCUGCGGAACCAGGGAGGAAUGGCAGGCCGGCUGCGGAACCAGGGGAGGAGGGAGGAAUGGCAGGCCGCUGCGGAACCAGGGAGGAGGGAGGAAUGGCAGGCCGAGCUGCGGAACCAGGGAGGAGGGAGGAAUGGCAGGCGGCUGCGGAACCAGGGAGGAGGGAGGAAUGGCAGGCCGGCUGCGGAACCAGGGAGGAGGGAGGAAUGGCGGGCCGGCUGCGGAACCAGGGAGGAGGGAGGAAUGGCAGGCCGGCUGCGGAACCAGGGAGGAGGGAGGAAUGGCAGGCCGGCUGCGGAACCAGGGAGGAGGGAGGAAUGGCAGGCCGGCUGCGGAACCAGGGAGGAGGGAGGAAUGGCAGGCCGGCUGCGGAACCAGGGAGGAGGGAGGAAUGGCAGGCCGGCUGCGGAACCAGGGACGAGUGAGGAAUGA